AUUAUUCUGCGUUCGUCACUUAGGUUGAUAUUUGUCUAAUAAGUAAAAAAAAUCUUAAAACCGAAAACGAAAUAACAACAAUCGAAAUGUAUAAUUAAUCUGAAAUAUGAAUAAAUAAUUACGUAUAAUUUAAAACAUAAUUAUAAAAAUGCAUCUAUGAAUUGGAUAAUAUGAAGUGCGUAUUAAGUUUUAUGGAUGAGUGAUACAGAAAGUGAUAGAGAAGUGACCGAGCAUACAGCACUCAUGGACGGCCACAUAGCAGAGGCUCGCCCCGACCGCGAGAUUGCUGAGAGACUCGCUAGGAAAAAAAAAACUAAAGCUGAGGCCCAGCGUAACUAUGGAUCAGUGGCGCAGCCUGAAGAAUGUUCGUCCAGUGCCGCUGGUGGCUCAGGUUCACAAGUCCCUGCACCAGCUCAACUACCUACUGAAGAGUUGGAACUUAAAUAUGGUGCACGACAUGUUAUAAAACUUUUUGUACCAGUUACUUUGUGUAUGAUUGUUGUUGUUGCUACUAUAUCAUCAAUACAAUUUUAUUCAGUGAAGGAUGUAUAUUUAGCAUACACACCUUUUCAUGAAGAAAGUCCAUAUGCUUCGACAAAAGUAUGGAAUGCUCUUGCAAACUCAAUGAUUCUUCUAAGUGUUAUAGCAAUGAUGACAGUUCUGCUUAUUGUGCUGUACAAAAAGCGGUGUUAUAAAGUAAUACACGGAUGGCUUAUUAUAUCAUCACUGAUGUUGCUCUUCCUCUUUUCUUAUCUAUAUAUUGAAGAAGCGCUCCGAGCAUACCAUAUACCUAUGGAUUACAUCACCUUAACAUUUGUUAUGUGGAACUUUGGUGUCGUGGGAAUGAUAGUAAUUCACUGGAAAGGGCCUCUGCGUUUGCAGCAGGCAUAUUUGAUUUUUAUAGCAGCCUUAAUGGCUUUGGUCUUCAUCAAAUAUCUACCGGAGUGGACUACUUGGGCCGUUCUUGCUGUUAUUUCUAUAUGGGAUCUAGUAGCCGUCUUAACGCCUAAAGGACCACUUAGAAUAUUAGUAGAAACGGCGCAGGAACGAAAUGAACCUAUAUUUCCUGCCCUCAUAUAUUCAUCCACGGUAAUGUACUGCCUGGUGGCAGCUGGAGUCGAAGGGAGCGGAUCAGGGACGGGAGGGGAGCGCGGGGCGGGGGAAGGUGAGCUGCGCCCACUCACGCACGACGUCGACGUUCGCCGCGAAGGAGUGGCGCGUCGUAGCGCGAGUGACGAGGGCGGCUUUGAACAGUGGGCGAGACACGCCCCGAGACAACUCAGAGUCGACACCACGCCCGUCAGCUACACCACGAGGGUCGAGAGGCCCCCGCAGCCGCAGUACGAGGCGGAAGAAGAGAAGGGCGUGAAACUGGGUCUGGGUGACUUCAUAUUUUACAGCGUGUUGGUGGGCAAGGCCAGCUCCUACGGCGACUGGAAUACGACUCUCGCCUGCUUCGUCGCUAUUCUCAUCGGCCUCUGCCUAACCCUGUUGCUGCUGGCGAUAUUCAAGAAGGCGCUCCCAGCUUUACCCAUAUCGAUCGCCUUCGGUCUCAUCUUUUACUUCGCAACGCGUGGAGUUGUGAAGCCUUUCGCCGACGCUCUCGCCGCUGAACAAGUAUUUAUCUAGAAAUAACCAGAAACGGUUUCAUCGCUGGUUAUUCGCGUCUACUAAAUUCUAUGCCGUAUAAGAAUUGGGACUGAUUUUUCAUUAUUAUUUAUGUUAGAAUCUAUGCGAGCAACGGGAUGCUAACAUUAAAUGUAAAUGUAGAAAUUAGUUAGUAAAAUAUACUUUAAUAAUGUAAAAAUGUUAUUACGAGUUGUUAAGAGUUCUGAAAUACAGAUUGUAACAAAAUUGUUUAGUUUGAACAGAAAAUUUUACUUUCACAUUUUUCUUAUAAUGUACCUGUACUAAUUUCUUGACAUUCCAGUAUGUUUUAACCAUAUUAUAAUUGUGUAAUAUGUUAAUAAAGAAGAUUUCUAAACUA